GAAGAUGCGGUCGACUGAGCUGUGUCUGUGCGCUCUCUUCGCCCUCGUGGUUCCGGGCGCGGCGGCAGCCUGUACCACCUAUGCAAUAAGAGGACUCGUUACCCGUAUUAACGAAGGACCGCUAAGCAUUUCCUUAUUACUGGAAAGGGACAUCGAAUUGUUUAUCUAUGGACCGGACUUAUCCGAGCUUGUGAACAGGAAAGAUAAACAAUGGCAUGAUAUCUCUACGACACGCAAUGGGUCAAUGAACUGUGUAACGUCCCCUACUUUAUGGGUUGGAGAAAAAUGCAGCGAAAGAACCUAUUGGCUAAUCCUCAGAAGCAACGUCACGACCCUGUGGAGGCUUGGAUGUUCUUCUGGCUCUGAGAGAUGCAGCCAGCUCCUGGAGACGGUGUUCCUGGGCCUCGACGCCCUUCCCACCACCCUCCACUGGAAGCCUCAGGAUGUCUCUGUAGGCCUGUGGGUGUAUGGAAAAGAAUUCAAGAAUCAUUUCAGUGUAACGAACUCCUGGCACGAUUUAAGUAUCAGCCCUGGUGGUGACGAAAGCCUAUGUACAGUGCACAGUACGAGCCUAAAUUUUAGUGUUCCUUGUAGUCAGAACGCGACUGAGAAGGACUUCCUGAGGUUUGGCGAGAAAGGCAUCGGCCAGAGCUUGUUCGCGCUGGACUGUGUGCAGAACUCCGUCCUCGGCGGCUGGGUAGUGCCAAUCGUUCUCCUCUUCCUCGGAACUAUCCUUCUGCUCCUCCCGGUGGCCCUCCUUCGCGUUCGGAAGCGCAGGAGGGCGAGCAAGGGCGUGUUCCACCCCGAGGAGGAUCAACGCUACGUCGCCCUCCGCUCCCCCAAUCCCCCGAUGCCUCCCCACGACAAGGGGGGUCGACGUCACCUCCUCGACCGCCAGACAGGUAAAUCGAACGACCCCGAAGAGGACGAAGAGCAUGUGUACUGUUACAUGGACAUGGCAAUGUUAAGGAGGCAGCUAGAGAGGGACAGGCAGGCGGCGGCACAGGCACGGCAGCAGGAGAAGGACCCAGACGCAGCGAGUGUGUUCAGCCACGACUCCAGGAAUUCCUUGUACGAUGAACUGAAGGCCAUAGAGGCAAGGCAUAACAGGGAUGGUAAAGGAGACUAUGAGUAUGAGGAAGAGGACCAGGAUGAGGAGGAGGAUAGGGAUGUGGAAGAGGAGGAAGGAGAAGAUGAGGAGGAUAGAUAUGAAGGAGAGGAGGAUGGAGAAGAUGAGGAGGACUGGGAUGACGAAGAGGAGGAAGGAGAAGAUGAGGAAGACAGAAUUAAGGAAGAGGAGGAAGGAGAAGAAGAGGAAGACAGAAGGGGGGAAGAAGAGGAAGAUAGAAGUGAGGAAGAGGAUGGAGGAAGAGUUAAGGAAAUGGACAAUGAUGAGGAAUAUAACAGUGAUGAGCAAGUGGACAGUGAUGAGGAGGAGGACAAGGAUAAUGAAUAAAACAGUGAUGAGGAAGUAGACAGUGAUGAUGAUGAGGACAAGGAUGAGGAAUGAAAAGUGAUGAUUUAGAAACACAGGGAUAAGGAAGAAUGAGGACGAAGGAGACAAGGAAGUGGAUAGUAAGGAUGAGGAAGAAAUCAGUCAUAAAGAGGAAGACAGGUAUUAGAAAAAGAAAUAGAAGGAUAAAGAGAAGGGCAGGUAUGAGGAAAAAGACAAGUACGAUCUUUAUUUUUUCACUUGAGAUCGUGAACUCAACCCAGAGGAGCAGAGGUGCAUGAUAUUGUGCAAACCAUCAUCAAAAGGACCUGAAGUGAUAAAUGUUGACUAUAUAUUAUCAGCAAUGACUGAAGUUUAAAAAAAAACGAUUGAACGUAGUGAAUAUUGACAAGAGGUUAUCAGUAAUACUUGAAAAUGACAAUAAUCAUCAAAACUUACUGAUGACGAUUGGAACGCAUUAGAGAUGACACAAUAAGGACAGAAAAAUAAUUGCAUAAUGUCAUUUUGAUAACCAGACAGUUAGAUUUUAGCUUAAGGUUUGUGUCAUUAUAAUACAACACGGACAGCACCGUUAAUUAAGUACAGAAUUUAUUUGAAUCUCACAAGAAACUCUUAAUGACACAGAUGUAAAUAAAGUUAUCUCGUAACUUUCGCCAUAUCUUGAUCUAGAUUUGCUAUAUCCAUGAGUCAU